UGCCUCUCAAAUAUUUGUCUUUUCCCUUAUUCCCUUGGUGAACUAUGUGUCCCCAAAUAUAAAAAGAUAUUCGCAUUACGAGGAACGCAGUCGUUUGGUUUGUUCUUCGUUGGUGAAUUUUCAUUCCGCUUAUUUUCCAAUAUGGAAUUGAUAGGAUGUUUUCUGCCGAUUGCACUAAUACCAAUAUUCCUGGUUGAAGUUUUAUCGGCAAAAUCAUACCCUUGGCAAUUACACGAUCAAAACUACGAUGUCAUAUUCACUGAUGACGAACAAGAGAAACCGGUAUCUACAGAGGAUCUGCAAUACGGAAAUCCAAUGGGUAAUCUUUGGAAUGACGGAGACAGUGAAUAUGAAUAUUAUUGGACUUUUUCAUCACCGCCCAGGACCCAAAACCCCCUCAGCCUACCGUCUAAAGAAAAAAAACAUGGUCACUCGACAACGCUUUGCAUGAAUGUACCUAGAAAUAAAAAAUAUAAUGAAGAGAUCGGUUACAUCUUCAAACCAACUGCUUCAAGAGAAUACAAUUGUGAAGCUAUACCUCCCAGAGCAAUCAACAACUGGGAACAUCUUCAUGAUAACGCAACGGUAUGUAAGGUGAUGGGCGAGUGCCAUACUUAUGAGCGAGAAAUAACGGUAUUCAAGUCGAAGAGAAACUCCAAUAGGAACGAGGUGAAUUGCUGGCACAAGGAAAAAUUCAAUGUGAAGGUUGGCUGUCUCUGCUUGAAUCACAUCUAUCAAGAAACAUGAGACUGAAAAUGACUGGAAAUCAUAUGAUAAUUUAGUAUUCUGAAAUCACGUUAAAUAUGCAAUAAAUGUUCCCAAUUAUU